CCGGAUCGAAAAAUCAGUUUCGUCAUCUAAAAAAAAAGCAGGAAAACAAAAAUAUUAUCAUUAUUACUCUCCCACUCACUCACUCACUUCAAAUUUGAAUCUCUCUUCGCUCUCUCUCUCGUCUCUCUCGAUCCUGUAUCGUCUCUUGGGCAGCCAUGGCGGAUUCAAGAUGGAGUUUCCUUCCCAAAUCCGUAUCCGCUCACUUGAACUCUAGAUCCGACAUCGAAAACGCACAACCGAACAUCCAUACCCCCACCCGAAGCAAAUCAAUUUCCAAAUCACCAGCUCCCAGGAAUCAAAUCGACCGCCGAGGCCAAGUCUCAGCGAUUCGUAGAACGGCAUUGAAAUCUCGGAGGAACGAAGCAGAGGAGGAGGAAGGCUCGAAUCAACAUGUGAAGGUUGUGGUGAGGAUAAGACCAACGAAAGAGUAUUGCUGGACUGUUAAAAAGCUUUCCGAUGAUUCUUAUUCCGUUAGGGAUCGCCACUUCACUUUCGAUUCUGUUCUCGACUCCCUUCAUUAUCAGGAUGAUGUGUUUCAGCAAAUAGGUGUUCCUUUGGUUCGUGAUGCUUUAUCAGGUUACAACACUUGUGUCCUUUCUUAUGGACAGAACGGAAGCGGGAAGACAUACACAAUGUGGGGUCCAGCAGGUUCGAUGCUCGAAGAUCCUUCUCCUAAAGGCGAGCAAGGACUCGCGCCUCGUAUCUUUCAGAUGCUCUUUUCUGAGAUCGAGAGAGAGAAGAUGAAGUCCGAUAUAAACUAUCAGUGUCGUUGUUCCUUUCUUGAGAUAUACAAUGGACAAAUCAGUGAUUUGAUCGAUCAAACCCAGAGAAAUCUUAAGAUAAAGGAUGAUGCAAAGAAUGGUACUUAUGUCGAAAACUUGACUGCGGAAUAUGUAGAUAGCUACGAGGAUGUUGCUCAAAUACUAAUGAAGGGCCUGUCAAGCAGAAAAGUUGGAGCGACUAGCACGAGUUUUCAAAGUUCUAGAUCACAUGUUAUACUCUCUUUCAUUAUCGAGUCCUGGAGCAAGGGAGCUUCAACAAGGUGUUUCAAUACCACCAGAACAAGCAGGAUCAACCUUGUUGAUCUUGCUGGAGUGGGAACAAACGUACGUGAUGCUACGAAACACUCUGUGGAGGAAGAGAAAUUCUUAAAGAAGUCCCUAUCCGAGCUCGGACAUGUUGUGGAUGCCCUUGCGAAAAACAUCCACCCUGGAAUAUCUGACCGCAGUCUUCAUAAAACCUCAUGCUUGACGCAUUUAUUGCAAGAAUCUCUUGGUGGCAAUUCAAAACUCACUAUCCUGUGCAACAUUUUUCCAAGCGACAAAAACACAAAAAGAACAAUGAGCACCCUUCGAUUUGGUGAACGAGCUAAAUCCAUGGGAAACAAACCACUGAUAAAUGAGAUCUCAGAAGAGGAUGUCAAUGAUUUGAGUGACCAGAUUCGUCUUCUAAAGGAAGAACUUACAAGAGCCAAAGCGGAUUGUCACUCUGUUGGGAGUAAAGAUAAUCAUUUCGGAGCAAAGAGUGCACGUGAAAAUUUGAAUCAACUAAGAGUUAGUCUUAACCGGUCUCUAAUGCUGCCAAAAAUUGAUAUUGACGAGGAAGAGAUAACGGUUGAUGAGCAUGAUGUAAAGGAAUUGCAUCAGCAAAUCAAGUCCUUCCGCGGUUCAUUCAGUGAGAAACAAAAGAAGCUCCCUGUCUACAGAGAGUCAGUCAGCUCUUCCUUUGUUACAGCAUUCGGUGAAUCAGAGCUAAUGGAUGAUGAUGAGAUCUUUUCAGAAGAAGUAGAAGCUGAAGAGAAAGAUAUGGAUGAAUCUUUCAAAGAACUUGACGGCGACAGUGCUGCAACAUUAACCAAAUCAACUGAGAAAUCCAGGAUUACGGAAUUUGCAUCUGCAAACAACAUGUCAAUAAAUCCUUGCCGUCAAUCCUUAGUCUUGCAAGAACCAAUCCAGUCAGAGUCUCCUAAAAUCAGAAACUCUCUGAGGAAGAGCAUAGCUCUUUCUUCCUCAUGUUUCAGGAAUCAGAAUAGCCUGGCGCAGAGCAUAAAGUCCUCGUGUCUUGCAGAGAGCCAGCAUAUCAGGGCGUCUUUACGUGGAAGCAAGAUAUUCACAGGUUCUACAGAAUCUCUAGCUGCAAGUCUGCGGAGAGGCUUGGAAAUUAUUGAAAACCCGCUGAACCCUGCAUCAAACCGAUGCUCAGUUUCCUUGUCUUCUGAUAACUUGACCACGCAACCUUCCACGGAGAUACUGCAGGAUGAACAACUACCGCCUUCACCACUCUGUCCUUCCUGUAGACAGAAAUCUGAUAGAUUAUUAGAGGUUGUUGAGGGAGAUGGAUAUCAUCAGAUGGAAGGGCUUUCUGAGAAGCAGCAAGAGCUUCAAAAUUUGUGCACAGAGCAAGCAGCCAAAAUUGAGCAGCUAACGCGCCUGGUAAACCAAUUUUCUGUGUCUUUAUGUCUAUUCAAAAUUGGAUCCGCACCUAUGGUUAAACAAGUAUGGUUACUGUUAUAUCUUCUCCAGGUUGAGCAACAGAAACAUCAAACUGUGAAUGAAACAGAACAGUUUUCUUCAGCAAACGAAAAUCAGCUUCUCAGCUGUAACGAUGUUGUUGAGCUUGACCAAGCAAAACAAAUCCCAAAUGAAGACUCCAAAAAGACAAACAUUGAUACUGGCGAGAAGGAGGCAUUACUUAAAGAAAUUGAAGAUCUGAAAAGCAAAUUGCAGAAACCUGUAACCAUGUCCACCAACGAACUGAGAUCAUCUUUGUUGGCCCGUUCGUUUCAACUACGCAACAAGAACGCUGAAAAAGAUAUCGAGGAAGAACGACUCAAGUGCACAGAAAUGGAGAGCGAGUGGAUAUCACUGACCGACGAACUCAGAGUCGAGAUUGAAACACAACGUUCACGCGCAGAGAAAGCUGAAACACAGCUUAAACAAGAGAAACUAUCUACUGAGGAGUUAGAGGAUGCACUUCAAAGAGCUGUUCUUGGUCAUGCCAGGUUUGUUGAGCACUACACAGAGUUACAAGAGAAGUACAACGACCUAGGCUCAAGGUAUAAAGCAACGGGGGAAUGGAUAACAGAGUUGAAGAAGGCAGUGGCAAAGGCUGGAAAGAAAGGUUGUGGUUCCCGUUUCGCUAAAUCACUUGCUACUGAGCUCUCUGCACUCCGAGUAGAAAAAGAAAGGGAAAGAGAUUUGUUGAAGAAGGAGAACGUAAGCCUCAAGAUUCAACUAAGGGACACUGCUGAAGCUGUUCAUACUGCUGGAGAAGUUCUUGUUAGACUCAGAGAAGCCGAACAAUCAGCAUCAGUUGCUGAGGAAAAUUUUAAUGAAGUGGAAGAAGAAAACGAGAAGCUAAAGAAGAAAAUGGAAAAGCUGAAGAGGAGACACAAGUUAGAAAUGGCAACAAUCAAACAGAAUCUAAAGAAUAAUACAUUGCCAGAAUCUGCAUUACGGCCACUGCACCAGAGGAACUUGGAGAUUGAAGAAGAAGGUAUGUAGAAGAAACAUACCAACGUGCAUAGCUUGAAGACCUUUCUCGGAUCUGAUUGGUAUACACACAUUAGCUUCCUGUUUAUUUUUUUUGCUUGCUGUUAAUAAUGAAAUAGCGAAUGUCUUGUUCCACGAGGCAUUUUUGAUUAUUAGUAUCUUGGUUUCCCAUUGGAGUUUAUUAUUUGCUGCUUUAGAUUUGAAUAUUGUGUUUCUGGCGUGCGAAACUGGUCUUCUUUGUAUAACUUUAAAUUGGUUAUUUAUUUUAUUUAUUUUCUCCA